CUCUGUACUUUAACAGCUUGUGCAAUGUGUUUUUAGGGUCGUAAUUCUUCUGGAAUUUAAAUAACCGUCAAACCAAACUGUAAAUCCUUCCUCAUGAGGAAAGAUGGGGAAUGGACUGUCAGAGCAACGCAGCAUCCUGUCAACCAUCCCCGGAUUCCAGUCGUUCCACAUCGCCAUCCUUGGAUUGGACUCGGCAGGAAAGACCACAGUUCUGUACAGGCUGCAGUUCAAUGAGUUCGUUAACACUGUACCUACCAAAGGUUUCAACGCGGAGAAGGUCAAAGUGUCUCUGGGCAGCCAUAAGACCGUGACCUUCCAUUUCUGGGACGUUGGCGGUCAAGAGAAACUACGUCCACUGUGGAAGUCGUACACGCGAUGCACGGACGGCAUCAUAUUUGUGGUGGACUCCGUGGAUGCCGAACGCAUGGAGGAGGCUAAAACGGAGCUCCACAAAAUCGCCAAGACCUCUGAGAACCAAGGGGUGCCCCUGCUGGUGGUGGCCAACAAACAGGACUUGAGACACUCUCUGGGUUUGGACCAGCUGGAGAAACUGCUGGCCUUGAAGGAGCUGGGGCCGGCUACUCAAUGGCACCUGCAGCCGGCGUGCGCAAUCAUUGGAGACGGACUCAGGGAUGGAGUGGAAAGACUCCACGAAAUGAUCCUGAAGAGAAGGAAGAUGCUACGGCAACAGAAGAAAAAGAGAUAAAAAAAAAAAAAAA